CGCGGAAGCAUCAUGGCGGCAGGUUGGAGGGUGUUCUGAGAGCGCAAACAAAAUUAAAUCCAGAUGAGAAGAGAACAAAAACUACAACAGAACCUUUGGUCAUCAAUAACAGAGAUGAAAAUUCACACUUUCAGUGAAGCCACUCCCGCAACUAUUUACCAAUAAAUACUGUGAAUAUUCCCGUCAUCCUACAAGAGAAGUGCUUCAGACCAGCAGGAAGAUCUCCAGGUGCAACAACUGAAAUCUGUGUGAUAUACAAUGGAAAAGAUGGAGUUUGUUAAAGAGGAAAGUGAGGACAUGAGUUAUCCAGAAUCAUGCAGACUGAAACAGAAUGAAGAUACUGAGGAACAAAGAGACAUAAUAGAAGUGAAAAAGGAAAGUCAAGAACUGAAUGAAGCGGAUGAGAAACCUCAAAAUCUGAAGUCUUCAAACUUCACACAAGAAGAAUCUUCUAGUAACUCGCACUCUGGGAAGAAUUGCUUUCAAAGGAAAACUCGAAGAACAAAAGACAAAAAAUCUUUCACCUGCCUUCAGUGUGGAAAGAUCUUCAGAUUUAAAUGUAUACUGAAGGAGCACAUGAGAAUUCACACUGGAGAGAAACCGUUCACGUGCCCUCAAUGUGGAAAGUGUUUCAGACAAAAAAAACUCUUGAAGAGUCAUAUACAAGUUCACACCGGAGAGAAGCCAUACGCAUGCCAUCAGUGUGGGAAAAGUUUCAUGCAUAGAAGAGACCUUAAAAGACACCUAAGUGUGCACACUGAGGAGAAGCCACACUCGUGCCCUCAGUGUGGAAAUAGUUUUAAGUUUGAAAAAGAUCUUAAGAGGCACAUGAGAAUUCACAAUGGAGAGAAGCCUUACACGUGCCCUCAGUGUGGAAAGACUUUCAGACUAAAAGAACACCUCAAGAGUCACAUUAGGAUUCACACUAGAGAGAAAUCUUUCACGUGUCAUCUGUGUGGGAAAAGUUUCAAAUGUGCAUACACACUCACGAGUCAUCUCAGCAUUCACUCUGGUAAAAAGCCAUUUAACUGUGAUCAAUGCGGUAAACAGUUUAUGUUUCCGUCACGUCUAAACGAACACCUUAGAGUUCAUACAAAUGAAAGGCCUUACUUGUGUUUACAUUGUGGAAAGAGGUUUUCAUGGCCAAGCAGUUUAAAAGAUCAUCAGAAAAAAACAUGUGUGCUGGAAAGGACUUUAUUACACCCAGACACUUGAAGAAACACCAAUUAAUACUAGAGGGACAAGUGCUCAUUGUGACAAGAGAGUGCAUCGGAAAACACAUGAGUUCAUACUGGAGAGUAACAAUACCACUGCCCUCAGUGUGAAUAAAGCUUCCCCAAAUAAGAGAGUCUUCACUCCUAUUGAAAAACAUUGUCAAAAGUUGUCACGGUGAGCAAAGGUCAACAUUUUCAAGUAAAUAGUUUGAGAUCAAAGCCACCAGGAUACGGUAGACAGAAUAUGGAAAUCAUCAGUGACAACAUCUGUCAUGCCAUCACCGAUAUGAAUGAUUUUCUUUCUUCUGCUCAACACAAAGGAAGAUUUUUAGAAGAAUAUCUCUGCUCUGUUGGUCCAUACAAUGGAAGUCAAUGGUGUUAAGUGGUGGUGGUGUAGUGGUCGAAGCACAUAACUGGUAAUCAGAAGGACACUGGUUCGAGCCCCACUACACACUAUGUGGGAUCGUCUGACUACAGAGAACAUCUAGCUCUGGGCCAGCUUUCCUUAAAUAUCCAGACAGAAUAAACAUUGUGUACCAAAUGGUUUUAUCCUUUGAACAAUGAGAAUUUGGGGGGAAUGGGUUCUUGUCUUCCUGGGGUUUAAUCUUAUUAACAUACAGGCAAGGUGGGGGAUAGACCUGCAGAAUUAUACAGUGUUUGGCAAAGACCUUAUAACUUUGUUGUCAUUAGUUUAACAAACCUGGGAAAAGGAACAUUAUGCCAGUCGCACAGAGAACUCUUAAAUUAAAUCAAACAUGACUAGUUAUAUUACUUGUUUUCAUGGUUUUUCUUUGUUACAUUUACACAUAUACAUUUUGUGUGUCUAUGUGUGUGCCUUAACACUUCUCAAUGAGUGUGCAGGGCCUUAAAAGGAGUACUUUUGUGUUUUGGAAAUUAAGCUACACUCCGAAACAUUAUUUAGGAUUUAUGCAUUUCAAUGCGUUAUAACAAAAUUCCAUCCAAUUAUGGAGUUUCAUGAAAUGUGUAAAUCUAAAAAUAGGCUAAAGUAUUUUUUUUUUUUGAGCAUAGGCAAAAACACGAGUGGGGAUGAAUAUGUGUAUGGAAAGAUUUAUUUAUUCCCCCUCUGCUGUUUAAUUAGUUUUUCAUUAAUCAGUCAAGCUGGGAUGUGGCAGGUUUUAGUUUGAUUUUGAUGUUUUUGACCAAGGCCACAAAUGCUGAUGUACAUGAAAUUAUGAGAAAUAAAACAAAGAAUUAAAAAUC